GCUCGACCUCCGGCGCCGUGCAUCCGAAGUCCCGUCCUGUCAUUCGGGAGGUUUUCAACGCACAUGCUGUUUGUCGACCGCCCGGUAACGGACCAUAUGCUGCCAUGAGCGCUUUGUGUCGCAUGAUCCACAGAGGAGUGCUGAGCGGCCGGUGGUCUUGUCGUUUGCUGGCCGGACAGCAGGAUGUGUGCGGUGUGUCUGCCACCGUCCGGGCGGCCAGCUCAUCCAGCCCUGUCAACUUGACCUACGACGUCUUUGAUGGGAAGGGGGAGAGUACCCCCCUGGUAUUUCUUCAUGGCCUUUUUGGCAGCAAAUCUAACUUCCACUCAAUAGCGAAGUCACUGGUGCAGCGGACAGGACGAAAGGUGCUGACUGUAGAUGCCCGUAACCAUGGCAACAGUCCUCACAGCCCAGUGCUGACCUAUGAAGCGAUGAGCAGUGAUCUGAAACACCUCCUUUCCCAGCUGCGCAUUGAGAAGUGCAUCCUCAUCGGCCACAGCAUGGGAGGAAAGACAGCGAUGACAACCGCCCUGAUGCAGCCUGGUUUGGUGGAGAGGUUAGUGGUUGUGGACAUCAGUCCAACCCAGACCACUGCACGCGGCAACUUUCAGUAUUACAUCCGAGCCAUGCAGGAGGUGAAGGUCUCCAGUAACCUGCCACGCUCUACGGCCAGACGAAUGGCCGAGGACCAGCUCCGCAGUUUGGUCAAGGAGCACUCGGUCCGUCAGUUUCUUCUCACUAACCUGGUAGAACAGAACGGCCACUACGCCUGGAGAGUCAACUUAGACUCCAUCUCAGCACACCUUGAUAGCAUCAUGAGUUUUCCCAGUUUUGACACUGUCUAUGAGGGACCUACGCUGUUUUUGGGUGGAGCCAAUUCAGCUUACAUCAGCUCUGACGAUUACCCAGAAAUCCAGAGGCUCUUCCCUUACGCUGACAUCCAGUACAUCCCAGAUGCGAGCCACUGGAUCCACGCAGAUAAACCCCUAGAUUUCAUCAGCUCCAUCAUCACCUUCCUACACUCAUAGUCGCCUCUGUAACUACAGGUUCAGAACUUUGUGUUUUGAGGGGUCCAUACACAAACUGACAGCGAGGAUAACGAAGCUUCAGCAACAGAAAGAGUCUUUAAUGUCGCUGAUGUUUAAUGCCAACGCCAGACCAAACUCUCCGUUUUACAGCCGUUACCUUUUAACUAUAUGAAAAACUGUGCCGUGUAGUGUGGUAGAUUUUUUUUUUGUUUUUUUUGUAUUGUUUAGCUUCUUUGCCAGACAAGUAGUGUUGCUAGAGUAACUGGUUUCUGGAUGUGUUUUUAUUCAUUUAUAACUCAGUAGGAAGGCAGUAGUGGUGAUAUUUACAGUUUAACACAGUGGAGCUGUUUCAGAGGCGAUAUACUAAUCCAAAGAAACUCCCAUUUGCACAGUACUGUCUUUAUGUUGACACAUUUAUGCCAUGAUGAGAGGAAAAAGUGGCUUCAAGUACAAUCUCUGGCUGCUGAAGUGAAUCAGCAGCAAAAUACUUAUAGAAAUUUUGACAGCACUGGAAUGAAACAAAUACUGUAAAUAUCUCUCUCUAUAUAUAUACAUAUAUACAGUAUAUAUAGAUAGAUAUUUAGACAAAUGAAGAGAGUGCAAAUAUAAAGCUGUACUUUGUGCUGUUUAGUAUCAAAGUGGCUGUGAAGCAGAUGUUAAUGUGUACAGAAAAGUGUUAAGAACUGUUGACGCUCUUUUCAUGCUGUAUUUUAUGUUUUAUUUUUGUUUUCUCCUCACUCUUUCUGUUUAUUACCAUUCUGUCAGAGUUGAGGGUUUACAGCUCAUUUAUCCACUCUACACUGGAGGUCAGUGAGAACGCUGGUUACAUUUUUUAUGCAAACAAUAUCCUCUAUGAAAAACGAGCUAAAAUGCAGUAUUGCUAUUGUAUAAACUGUUGCCUGACUAUCUCAGGUAACCAUUUCCUGUUAUACACUUAUCUACUCUUCAGUCUGUCUGAGUAAUGUUGUCUGUGUAUCUGGUCAGUUUCAUCUGAUGUAAUGUUUUAAUGAGAUAUGUUUGGCCAGUUUAUUACCUGUAUUUCACUUAAACCCUUUUUAUGGCUCAAGUCUAUAUGGGUAUUUCACAAAUAUAUGCUGCAACAAUGUACAUUGUUAUCUAAUCGUAAUAGUGAUGAUAUCAUUUCUGUUCUCAUGGUUUCAACGGUCCAGUAGUGAAACUGCCAUUUGUUUGAAUAAGCAGGGUGUUGUAUAUUUGUAUGUACCUCUUUUGUCGAGAGCUUGUUUUCCAUUUCUGUAAAAACUUGAUAUAAAGGAAAAUUUUAUCUUACA